CUACUCCCUCUCUCUCUCUCUCUCCACCACUAGCUACUCCCUCUCUCUCUCUCCCCCCUCUGCGGCUCUAUCUGCUGGCGCUGCAGUGAAUCUCUCCCCCGCUGUCAGAAACCGUAAAGUCAGACAGCCGGUGGUCGGUAUCUAACCGUUAAAACUCACGCAUCUCGUCCGUUAACGGAGCUUUAAAAUCACUCUUCAAGCAGCGUCAGACCCCCUCGAGGCAAAAUGGGAAAUGAAGCCAGUUAUGCCCUGGACAUGUGCUCGCACUUCGAUGCUGAUGAGAUUAAGAGGCUAGGAAAGAGAUUUAAGAAACUCGACCUAGAUAACUCCGGGUCCCUGAGCGUGGAGGAGUUCAUGUCUCUACCGGAGCUCCAGCAGAAUCCGCUCGUGCAGCGAGUUAUCGACAUAUUCGACACCGACGGGAACGGAGAAGUCGACUUUAAAGAGUUCAUCGAAGGCGUCUCCCAGUUCAGCGUCAAAGGCGACAAGGAGCAGAAGCUGCGUUUUGCCUUCAGGAUCUACGACAUGGACAAAGACGGCUACAUCUCCAACGGGGAGCUGUUCCAGGUCCUGAAGAUGAUGGUGGGCAACAACCUGAAGGACACCCAGCUGCAGCAGAUCGUCGACAAAACCAUCAUCAACGCAGACAAAGACGGGGACGGCAGGAUAUCCUUCGAGGAGUUCUGCGCGGUCGUUGGUGGAUUAGACAUUCACAAAAAGAUGGUGGUGGACGUCUGAAAACUUCCUCUCUUUUUUCUUCUUUUUUUUUUUUCCUUCUUCCUCCAUUUACUGAAGAUCUGCUUGAAGACGUCGUCCAGCAAAAACGCUCAACGAAAGUAUUUUCUCUGUGAAAUAUCCCUUUCCAUCCCUCCCUCCAUCCCUCCCUCUCUCCCUCCCUCCCUCCAUCCCUCCCUCUCUCCCUCCAUCCCUCCAUCCCUCCCUCCCCCCGAGCCUUCUGAAGCCAAACUUUCACCAAGUAUUAUCGACCAGGAACUUCUCAGUGACUCGUCGCACUUUAAAAGCUGGCGGACGGCUUUUUAACGCAAAGCGAUGGUUUCAGUUUGGUGGAGGAAAGCUGGAGUGUGUGUGUGUGUGUGUGUGUGUGUGUGUGUGUGUGUGUGUGUGUGUGUGUGUGUGUGUGUGUGUGUGUGUGUGUGUGUGUGUCUCUUUGGGUGCGUAUGCUCUGUAUGUUUCACUGGUUUUUCAAGGUAUGUGGGGUUUUUUUAUAUUUAUUUUGGUGUCACAUUGUGUGUGUGUGUGUUUUAUUUUUUUUUUCCUUUCUUUCUUCUGGAGAAUCAAAGGAAGUCUCUCUUUACAGAAAGUGAAACCUUCAGCGGACGGGUGUAGACGGGUGUAGUUAGCGGCGAUGUUACUUGAUUUCAGAACAACACAAACACAGCAGGAAGUGCCAACGAGACGUUUUAUUGACAUGCAAAUCUGUGUUCUUUCUCCUAGAGAUGUAAUUGUAUUAUUGAAUGCAUUAUUUACACUUACAAAAAACGCUUUCAGUUUACAAUCAUGUCCGGCUACUUUUUGUCAGAAAUAAAGAGCAAGAUUGGGGCACUCCAUGGUUAUUUAAACAACA